UUCAUCUCUGCCCAGCCGGCUAGUAACAACGCUAACCUAAAAAUGAGUGUAAUAAUAAAGGAAAACGAGCACGAAUUAAGUCAAGAACUUGCCAAAUUAAUUGAAACAGCUUCAAAUGAAGCGAUUAAUGAUCACAAUGGAUUUUUCGUGGGAGUCUCAGGUGGAUCCCUAAUAACAUUACUAAUCGCCGGAUUAAAAGGAAUCCGAACAGACUUUAGCAAGUGGAAGAUUUUCUUUAACGACGAGAGAGUCGUGCCCGUCGACGAUCCGGAUUCGACAUUCGGCGCGUACAAAAAAGAUCUCGUCGGAAAGGUACCGAUAACGGAGGACCAAUUCGUACAGAUAAAGCAGGGAGUUACGGCGGACGUCGCCGCCAAGGAUUACGUCCAACAGAUGGCGCAAUACUUUACGGGGUCCUGGCCCGCGUUCGACCUUCUGUUGCUGGGAAUGGGACCAGAUGGACACACCUGCUCGCUGUUCCCGGGCCAUCCGCUUCUGGAAGACGACUCGAGGUGGGUCGCUCCGAUCACGGACUCGCCGAAACCUCCCCCGGCUCGGGUCACGAUCACUUUUCCCGUGAUUAACAAUGCGAAAGCUUGCAUUUUUGCCAUGUGGGGUGAUGGUAAGGCGGACAUGUUGAGACGCGUGCUAGUCGAUAAAGAGGACCUUCCAGUGAAUCGAGUCAAGCCGAAAUCCGGCAAACUCUUUUGGAUCGUGGACAAAGCAGCGGGGAAAUAUUUGAAGAAGUAACUUUAUUAAAUUUUUAAUACAUUUUAUAGAAAUACAUUUACAAUAAAUUAUAACAUAUUAAAAUAUUAAGUACAUCA